AUGUCCACCCAGAACGACGGCUGGGGAGAAGCCGGCGACGCCCCCUCUGCAGCCCUUCCUGCCCCUGCCCCUGCCCCCGUUCCCCAAGCAGCCCCAUCCACCGAAGCACCCCAGGAUGGAUGGUUUGACGGCUCCGUCCCCCAGUCUGCCGCCCCGCCUCAAGCCGACCACGACCCGAGAGAAAUUCAGUUGAAGGACGACACGCAGAACCUGAUCACCAACGAUUUCCAGGUCGAGGUCAAACUCGCUGAUCUGCAAGGCGAUCCCAACUCUCCUCUGUACUCGGUACAGUCUUUCAAGCAGCUCAACCUGCAUGAUGAUUUGAUGAAGGGCAUUAUCGCCGCCGGUUUCCAAAAGCCCUCCAAAAUUCAAGAAAAAGCUCUUCCCCUCCUCCUCUCCAACCCCGCUCGAAACCUCAUCGGCCAGUCCCAAUCCGGUACCGGAAAAACCGCCGCCUUCACCCUCAACAUGCUGUCCCGUGUCGACCCCACCAUCCCUACCCCCCAGGCCAUCUGUAUCGUCCCCUCCAGAGAGCUCGCCAGGCAGACGCAAGAAGUCAUCGACAAGAUGGGUCAGUUCACCCAGAUUGGCACUUUCCUUGCCGUCCCCGGCUCUUGGUCGCGAAACCAGAGAAUCGACAAGCAGAUCCUCAUUGGAACGCCGGGAACGUUGGUGGACAUGUUGAUGAGAGGAAACAGGAUCUUGGACCCCAGUAUGGUUAGGGUGUUGGUGUUGGACGAGGCGGACGAGUUGAUUGCGCAACAAGGUCUGGGCGAGCAGACAUUCAGGAUCAAGCAGCUCCUCCCUCCCACCAUCCAAAACGUCCUUUUCUCCGCUACAUUCAACGACGACGUCACCGAAUUCGCCCACCGCUUCGCCCCUGAAGCCAACCAGAUCUUCCUCCGCAAAGAAGAAAUCACCGUCGACGCCAUUCGCCAGCUCUACCUCGAAUGCGACUCGGAGGACCAAAAGUACGAAGCGCUCUCUGCCCUGUACGACUGCCUCGUCAUCGGCCAGUCUAUCGUCUUCUGCAAACGCAAGGUCACUGCCGAUAUGAUUGCCAACAGGCUCAUAGCAGAGGGCCAUGCGGUCGCCAGUUUGCACGGAGACAAGAUGGUGCAGGAGCGUGAUGCCAUCUUGGACGGGUUUAGGAAUGGGCAGACAAAGGUGUUGAUUACGACGAACGUGAUUGCGAGAGGAAUCGAUAUUCCGCAGGUCAACAUGGUCGUCAACUAUGAUGUGCCAGAUCUCGGGCCGGGUGGGUCGGGACCAGAUAUCGAAACUUAUAUCCACCGUAUCGGUCGUACCGGUCGAUUCGGCCGCAAGGGUUGUUCUGUCAUCUUUACCCACGACUACCGGUCCAAGUCGGACGUUGAGCAGAUCAUGGACAUCCUCGGCAAGCCGAUGAAGAGGAUUGACGCGAGGUCUACUACCGAUAUUGAGCAGCUGGAGAAGGCGUUGAAGAUGGCUAUGAAGGGGCCAAACUAA